AGCCCUUUUGUGUGACUGCCUGGCAAGGGUGACGUGGGGCUGUUCCUACGGGCACAGCUGCAGCACUGACCAGAGUGGAGGCAGGGCCCAGGCACACUGCCCUCCCAGACCUUCCCUCGGGCUUUGCAGCAGUAAGGGGACAUGCACCCCAAGGGCCUCUGCUUGGCCUGACCCUGCAGUGGGGGCUCUCUGUCCCCAGGAACAGUGGAGAUGGCAAACUUAUCGAGACCCUCUCCGCCCAGCUGCCUCUGCUCCUUCCUCCUGCUCCUCCUCCAUGUGUCUUCCAGCUACACAGGGCAGUUCAGAGUGAUAGGACCAGGACACCCCAUCCUGGCUCUGGUCGGGGAUGAAGUGGAAUUGCCAUGUCGCAUAUCUCCUGGGAUGAAUGCUACAGGCAUGGAGGUGGGGUGGUACCGCUCCCCCUUCUCUAGGGUGGUUCAUCUCUAUAGAAAUGGCAAGGAUCAAGUUGGAGAGCAGGCACCUGAAUAUCGAGGUCGAACGGAGCUGCUGAAAGACGGUAUUGGUGAGGGAAAGGUGACUCUCAAGAUCCGGAAUGUAAGGUUCCCAGAUGAAGGAGGUUUCACCUGCUUCUUCCGAGAUCAUUCUUACCAAGAGGAGGCAGCAAUACAAUUGCAAGUGGAAGAUCCCUUCUACUGGGUCAGCCCUGGAGUGCUGGUUCUCCUCGCAGUGCUGCCUGUGCUCCUCCUGCAGAUCACCGUGGGUCUCGUCUUCCUCUGCCUGCAGCAUAGACUGAGAGGAAAACUUCGAGCAGAGAUAGAGAAUCUCCACCGGACUUUUGAUCCCCACUUUCUGAGGGUGCCCUGCUGGAAGAUAACCCUGUUUGUAAUUGUGCCAGUUCUUGGACCCCUGGUCGCCUUGAUCAUCUGUUACAACUGGCUACAUAGAAGACUAGCAGGGCAAUUCAUUGAAGAGCUAAGAAAUCCCUUCUGAAUGAUGUCGCAUCUUGGCAGGGGUGGAGGAGAGCCUGGUUGCCCAGGGAUUGGUCCUUGGGGAUGUCUCAUCCAUCAAGUUGCACACUCACUGGCAUCUUUGCUAUGGGGACAUUCCAAUUUGCACUUCCAGAACACUCUGAAUUCCAAGUAGAAUUGAUUUCCCUUCUGUCAUCUACCUUUUCUCUUCCUUCUUUUUCCCAUUUUUAUUACCAAUCUUUCCAUUUCUCUCUCCAGUCCUCCACCUGGAAGCCCUCUCUGGCUAAGGACAGGCAGGUGCUCCUCUCUCCAUCAGAGGACAUCUUUGCUGGAAAGCAACACAGAUAGGAUGGUCUUUGUCACAAACUGGAGGCCAGAAACCUCCUCACUGAAAAUUACAGUAUGAUAACUUUGCAAAUGGUGGUUGUUUCCUCCGAGACUCCAGCCCUGAUUGCGCAGAACUGAGAUGCAUGUGAAGGGAAGGAAGAGGAAGAGUUCAGAACGUUAAAGAGAGCUGAGUGAGCUGCAGAAUGAGGAUAUGGGCAGCCCCAACCCAAACCUGGAGAUUGGGAGAAACCUACAGAAUAAUUGCCAGAGAUCCACCUUGUCUUGGUAGCGUACUAGGGACUUGGGGAACAAGAGUUGAAAUCUAGGCAACAUGCCUGCUUUAGAAUGUUUUACUUAUAUAUCUUCCACAGGUCUCUCAGAAUCUUCCCCUCCUCUUAUCCUUUUUCUCCCAUCUUCAUACCUAUCAGAGUAUCCACUGUUUAUUCAACAACUACUACUGGAUGGUCUAUCAGACAAAAAUAAGCUAGGUGCUAAUUAAUAAUAAUAAUACAAGUUUUG